CUCACACACUUUUUAUAUAUAGUGGCUCGUUUUUUUUUUCUUUUCUUUUCUUCUUUUUUUCUUUUUUUUUAUAUAUUCUGUGACGUGUUGAGUAACACUUUUCUUUAUAUACAUGGAACCAAUAGAUAAAAAGAAACCAGACUUGUUACAGUCAGACAAAACGACUGCACCUGUGGGUGUAAGUGCUAUUACAACUUCAGCAGAAAUUACGCCUUCUUCUUCCUCGUGCGCCAAACUUCGUAGUGUACCUAUUCCACAACCACUUAUACUUAAGCGUCGAGCAAGUAAAUCAUCUAUAUCCUCUGCUGAUGAAAAGACACCUUAUGAACACCCUCAUCCUGAUCCCAUAUCACCCACAGGAUUUGAUUAUCGAAAAUUGACGGACAUGGAAUACAGCAGCAGUCCAGGAAGUGAAGUCAAUGAAUCCCAUGCAUCUCGCUCACCUCCUCCUCCUUCUGCUUGUUUCUCACCGAGAUAUUCUAGUCCUCCUGCUGGAAGUGGAGGGAAAUACAUGGUACGAUCCAAGCGAGCCAGUUGGAUUGAUGGUUCUUCGUGUAUUUACGAUGCUAUACCUUCUACACCACCCAAUAAGGUCAUUAUUCCACCCUUAGGUCUGCCUAAACCAUUGCAGCAACCACCUUUACCUAGUGCAUCAGACGACAGCUCACUUAAAUCAGGCUCUUUGUCUAAACUAAGAGAAAAUAGACAGCAACAACAGUAUCAUAUACCUAAGCGUGAAAAUUCGAUUGAUAGUACACCUCUAUCUGCCUCUUCUUCUACCGAUCAUUCAUUUUCAAAGCACAGAAAAUUGUCUGAAGAUAUUGGUGAUAUGGACGAUAUACCCUCUCAUGAGAAAAGAAAAUCCCUUGUGCAUGAAAGAAAAGCAUCUGUUUCUUCUAUUGUUACUGAUUCUAGUUUAGCCAGUGAAGAAUUUCACUCACCCUUGUCUUCACCAUAUCGCUAUAAAGCACCUAAAUCAGCAUCAGCAUCACCUCUUGUCACACACGCCCAUACCUCGACAUCAACUCCUCAUACACCCUCUCCUCAAAAAGCAAGGCGUCGGUCUUCCAUGUCGAUGCUUCGAAACAUUCCCAGUGCCGAACUCGCUCAUAUCGUAAGCAGCAGUUCCUCCAAUCCUGCCUUAAAGACACCAGAUCAACACCCACUUACGCAUGAGGAAGAAUCACCUCAUGCAGAUGGUAUACCCAUUUAUCAGCACUCAUUACACUCCUUGUUAAGAAAGCAACUGUCCAAUAAACGUAAACCAUCACGUCGAUUGAUGGAUGUUCGCCAAGAAGCAGAUAAAGAUGUUAUUGAAAUGAACUUGGAUUCAGAGUCCAUGGAAAUACCUCAAGAGUCCUUUUUGGAAGAAAACAAUACCCUGAUGAACAGCCCUUUAUACCCAGCUAUGCUGUUGAAUGAGUCAGAAAUAAAAGAUGACAAGCCAAAAUUAUCCAUGAUUCCUCCUUUUUCAUCAUUUAGUAGAACAUCAGCACCUGAUAUUUCCAGUUGGCAUCAACAACAUGAAUAUACAGACUAUUUCAGUAAUGAACAUGUCUCUACUGGUGCUUCAUCUGUAGGUGUACAGCCCAAACCAAUGGCUUCAUCAUUUUAUGCUGACAAUACAACACAUGGAUCAGAUGAAGAUUAUGCUAAAAAGUUGUUCAUGUCUCGUUCUGCCAAAGUAAAGCGAUGGUGUAGUGUACGUGUAGGUGAUCUAGAAGAAAAGUUGGGCCAUAAGGGUCAUCAUCAUCAUCGACGCAGUAACAGUACUACCAGUAUCAGUAGUGUGCCAGUGCAAGACAACAGACGGUAUUCUGCUCAUCUUGGUCGAUUCCCUCAAGAUGAUUCAAAUAUGCCUACCAUUCUUGUGACAGCAGAAACAGAAGAAGGACACCGUCAAAUGGAAUCAGAGAACAAUGAGAUGGUCAACUAUAUUCCUUGGGUUGAUUGGUUAGAAGAAUACAAAGUGAUCAAAGCAAGAGAGAUCAGAAGAAGAUCUUCAACUACACAGAAUGACCCUGUGGAUGUUCGUCAUUUUCAGCCUACACCCAAUACAUCCGUUGUUAACCGUGUCUUGUCCAAUUGGUGGAAUAAUGUCAAGACAGGUGCUGAACACUAUUCAAAAUCAACUCGACAUCGUCAUUAUCUUAAGAGACCACUUAUAUCAGAAGAACGUAAUACACCACCUCGUCCUCCUUCCAUGGCUUCUUCUUCCAGCACUGUUCCACCACCACCACCACCGUCUUCUUUAGCGCGAAAGAAUACAGUCAAUUUGUUACUUGAUCUGCAUGAUUUGCAACAUCCAUUAGAAGGCAAAAUACGUCCAUAUGUAGCAGACGCUUCUCCUAUGACAACAGCCACUAGCAACAGUAAUCGUCGCCAUUCUUCUCGAGACAUGACACACAUGGAUACCGACAGCAUGUCACCUAUCUCGUUGCACAGCAGCGCACAAUCCUCUGUGCCUGAUAGCCCCAGUAGUUUGGCUGCCAAAAUGCCUCGUAAUCCCAUCACACAAAAGAGCCUUGCUAAACGUGUAGGCUAUCGUUUCUAUAACCCGGGUAAUCGUAUGGGCACAUUUGGUCAAUUAAGCCAUAUGGUGGGUCAAGCAUCCUCUGAAAAUGAUCCAACCACAGCUCGUAUUCAACACUCCAUCAAGUCACGAUUAGAGUUUGCUAAAGAAGCCUGUAAUGCUGAGUUAAGACAGAUCAUCGAUGGUUUAAAUGAAUAUGUUGAACGUGGAUUACAGUAUGUUGAAGAUAUGGACGAAAUUCUUGAAGAAGGCAUGCAUUCUGUAGCUAGUUUGGAUACUGAAGAGGAAGAAGAAGAAGAGGAGACAGGAGAGGAUAUAACAAUGUUGACUGCUCCUAUUAAUCACAGUAUACCAACAGAAGUGAUAACACAUCCAUUAGCUAGUGUUGUUGAAAUGGAUGAAUCUCCUUCCCCACCCUCUGAUCAUGAUCAUGCAUCACCCAAUAGUUUGCCUCAUAAACGAACUUUGUCCUCUGCCUUAGAUGAGCAUUUGCCCCCUGAUGAUACGCCACUUUACAGACAACCCACUCCACAAAAAGAAGAUGUAACAGCACUUCAACAACAGCACAACAACAUGGUCGCUUUAAUCUCUGAAGAUGCCUACCUUCCUACACCGUUUAUCCUCACCUUGCAAGACUUGAUUUCAGUUGCACAAAAUGUAAUGGAUACCUCUUUGGAUGAAAUCAUUGAAACAGGUGGUGCUUGUGCUGAAGCCGUGGCUCGUAUUCAGGCCAUUGGCACACAAUGGGACCUACAUCCUGAAUGGCCUUGUCGUGAAUGGUAUGUCAGGCUACUUUUGGGUAUUGCUGCACUUAACCGUGUGGUGGAAUGGUGGGCUGCUGAACGUGGGUUUUGGUCUACCAAUGCCACUGUCUCUAUUCCUCCCAGCGAUACUGAGAAUGAUGAUAUGGAAUCGAUCAGUAAUGUAUCUCGUAUGGAAGAAACAGACGAUGAACACAUGUCUAUUGACGAAGUCGGUUUGGAUUCUCGGUUGCCUAUCUAUGAACAAAAAGUAGAUGAACAUUUAGGCAGUCUCCAGUUACAAGAAGAAGCAGAACGAAGUCAGAGCUCAACGAUUAUUGUUGAACUGAGUUUAGGUACAACCAUUGUUCAGUAUGUAAGUCCUGUAUGGUCUGAUGUUGUAGGAUCGGAUCCUCAGACUGUGAUUGGUCAAAGUAUUACUAGUUUAUUGUCUGCAGAUGACAGCCAAGUAUUUAGUGCGGCUACAGAAGAAUUAUUAGCUGAUGAAUCGCAUACGGUAGAAGUACGUUUCCAUGUGAAUGAUAAAGAAGGAUCAUCUAUUGAAAUGGAAGGAAAAGGCAUGCUUAUGUGCAACCGUGUUACUGGAGAACCUAGCCAUACCAUGUGGGUCAUGAAGCCCGUUGUUCCUCGUCGAUGGUCUUUAAUAGACAUGUCACUUACACCUCGAAAUGACAAAAAACCAUCUUGGUUAAGUGGUGGCACUGAUCAGCAAGAAGAGUAUUGGAUGCAAUCCUCUCCUCAAGUAUCUGAAGAAGAACAAAGAGGCAUGGCACGUAGUCGAUCUAAAUCAGAGCCCGCUAUUUAUACACCACCUUUCUUACCUUCCAUUCAAGUCAACGAUCCCAACAAUGACAAGAUGGAAGAAGAUAACCAAACAACAGUUUCAUUAUCCACACUCAUGUCAUUACCACCUGUGCUUUGCCGUGUUUGUGAGCGACUUGUGGUGGCUGCAUUUUUCGAACAGCACUCUGAACUUUGUGUCGAAAUUCAUCAGAGCGAAAUGGAUGUCAAUGCAUGUAACGAUAGCUUGAUUGAACUUAAACAUGUUGUACAGGAACGCAUGGAGCUUGUGAAGCAGCAGAUUACUGAACUAGAAUCCAACAAGGACAAGCCAAAGAAACAACCUGAACAAGAGAAACCAUAUGAAGAAAGUGAUAAUGAUUCCAUCUUUGGUGAUUGUUUGCCUCUUGAAGAAGCAUUAGAUCCAUUGGAAGUUAAGAAGGCAGAAUUGGAACAAUACAAAGAUCUGUUUGAAAUCAUUGACGUUGCCUUGAGUAUCUCUAUGCCAGGUAGCGCAGAUCAUGAAGAAGACGAAGAAGGAGAUAAAAACCUACAAUCACCUCGGUCUAAAGAUAAAAUUGUCCAAAUUCUGUACUGGAGACCACCUACUUCAGACGACCCAACCAUGUCUAAUUUGAUUCGAGAUGUAGAAGACUUGACUCGGGGCAAAGUGGAUGCUGUCAACAGAAUGCGUGAUCGACUCGAGUACAACAAUAGAGAGAGAUCCGAGUUCCAAAAGAACACAAACCAACAGCCUAAUUGGACUGAAUUUGUGUAUGAAGAAGACAAGAAAUCAGACGAAGAAAAAGUAGAAGAGACGUUAAAAGUAUCGCCUAGAGAGGAACAGCCGACACGUUCAAGAAGAAGCUUUUUGAGCAAGAUCAAGUCAUGGCGACACAGACAAUCAUCUGGUGUUGUAGGACGUCUAUCCCGUCGAUUCAAAUCAAUCACACCUGAUUCGUUACAUACGCCUAUUGUAGAGAUGGAAACAAUUGAUACACCUAUGGGUUCGCCUGGUUUGCGGCCCAAGACAGCUUCAAUUAAGCAAGAACAUACCUCAGGUGCACAGACACCCAACUGUACGGCCAAGUCUCCUUCUUCGCCUUUGCAUGCACCUGUUAUUUCCCGUCCUACGUUCCCUAGUAUUAAAGAUUUUGAUAUCAUCAAACCUAUUAGUAAAGGUGCUUUUGGUUCUGUCUUUUUAGCUAAAAAGAGAACGACGGGUGAUUACUAUGCCAUCAAAUUCCUCAAGAAGUCUGACAUGAUUGCCAAGAAUCAAGUAACGAAUGUCAAGGCAGAACGUAUGAUUUUGAUGUCACAAACCGAUAGUCCCUUUGUGACUAAAUUGUAUUACACAUUCCAAUCCAAAGAUUAUCUGUAUCUUGUACUUGAAUAUCUAAAUGGCGGUGAUUGUUCUGCUCUGAUUAAGGUCAUUGGUAGUCUUCCUGAAGAUUGGACUCGAAACUAUCUUGCUGAAGUCACUUUGGGAUUAGAAUAUCUUCAAAGUAAAAACAUUAUUCACCGUGAUCUUAAGCCUGACAAUUUAUUAAUUGAUCAAAAUGGCCAUUUGAAACUGACAGAUUUUGGUCUCUCGAGAAUUGGUUUUCUUGACCGUCGAGUACGCGAUGAAUUGACGACUGUGUCUUAUCAUGAUCGAGCCCAGCCAAUUUCACCGGCGCCUUCAAGAUCAGGCACACCACCUCAAUCACCUGCAGAUCAGCCUUCUACACUCAAUGGUGGCGCUUAUCGACAUUCUUACUUUAGCUUCUUGUUUGAUCAAGGGCGUCAAAGAACACCGAGUACACCUCAUGUGAACAUACCUGAAGAAAAUAGUGUGUCGGAUACUCGUAGCUCUGAACAUACACAUCGCCGUCAUUUAUCCUCUGCUAUAUCUGAACCACUUUCUUCAGGCAUCACAACAAAAUCAGAUCGCCACAACAAGGAAGAAAGUACGCCUCGCCAAGCUGUUGGUACUCCGGAUUAUUUAGCUCCUGAAAGUAUUUUAGGUACUGGUCAAGACUCAAUGGUGGAUUGGUGGGCUCUUGGUGUCAUUUGUUAUGAAUUUUUGUACGGUAUUCCACCAUUCCAUGCAGACACGCCUGAUAAAGUAUUUGAGAACAUCCUUUCAAGACGCAUUGAUUGGCAUGAAGAUGUUGUCCAAAUCUCGCCUGAAGCACGCGACUUUAUGGAAAGAUUAAUGACGCUUGAUCCUGAAAAGCGUUUAGGCUACAAUGGUGCUGAAGAAGUCAAACAACAUCCGUUCUUCAAAAGUAUUCAUUGGGACACUUUGUUGACAGAAGCACCUUCAUUUAUUCCUCAACCAGCAGAUGCAGAAGACACUGAUUAUUUUGACGCCCGAGGCGCUACUAUGCAACUUGCACCUAAUGAAAUCAAUCAACUGGAUGAAUCUGCCAAGGCUCAAGUCGAACGUGCAAAAGCCAUUAUUCGUGAACAAAACCCUGAAAAUAUCUCGCCAGUCUCGGACAAAAAGAAACACAAGAGUAAGAGUAAGAGCAAGAAAUCAGAGCCACCUAAAGAAGAUGCAGAUGUGGAUUCAGACACGACUGAUUUCGGUACAUUUACUUACAAAAACUUACCUGUACUUGAAAAAGCCAAUGAGGACAUGAUACGAAAGAUCCGCCAUGAUAGUAUCUCUGCUAAUGCUAUGAAUGAUUCACCUCCGAGUAAAUUAUUGCAGCGUAAGAUGCCAUCCAAGUCCAAAAGUGGGUUUCAUGAUGGAUCGGGCACGCCUACAGGCAAUGUUUUUACACCCUCAACCUCGUCUUCUAUUUGUGCUACACCUUUGUCCAUGUCACCUUCAGUAUCUUCAAAACUAAACGUUGUCUCCCCGCCUGUUGGAAGAAAAUUGAAUGAUUCGACCUUACCACAUAUACCAACCAAAAUGUCAGAUAUAUCCUCUGCUUCAUCUUCAAAAGAAAGUACGCCACAUCGUAGUCGCUCCUUAUCUACGCCUUCACUUGAUCCUGUUAAAGCUGCUGCUGCCAUUGCAGCUGUUGUCAGCAGCCAAAGUCCUGGCCAUUCAAGCCACUCGACUCCAUCUACACAACAUCAUUACCGUCAUGAAGAUCUUGAUACUAGAAUACCAGCUACUACUACUUCCCCUUUCACAAAGCCUGAGCGAAAAUCUUCCAUGACGCACAAGCCAAAACCUCUUGCUUGUCUAGUGGCAGAUGAUAAUCCAAUUAGUUGUAAAAUUAUCGAAACUAUUCUUCAGAUGUUACAUUGCAGGUGUGUUAUUGUUCGUAAUGGUGCACAAGCCAUCCGAUCUGCCAUGAGUGAUGUACGUUAUGAUAUCAUCUUUAUGGAUAUUCGUAUGCCAAUCAUUGAUGGCGAAACAGCCGCAAGAAUGAUCAAAUCCACCAACAACAAUAACAGACAAACACCGAUUAUUGCAGUGACAGCCUAUGAAAGAACAGUUCAAUUGGCAGGUGCAUUUAAUGAUAUCCUGAGUAAGCCAGUGACCAAAGAUGUGAUUUCAAGGUGUCUUGCGCAGUUUUGUCGAACGACAGAACACAAUGAGGACAUGGUUGUCCAAAGUAGUAAUGUCACACCCUCCACAAGUCAUCCCAUUGCUUCGUAAACACAUACUGGUUUCGCUCAUUUUGAGAGAAUCACUCAAACCCAUAGAAAUAGAUUGAUGCGCUU